AUGGAGGAGGUCGCGCCCAUGGCCGUCAGCGCCGCCAGCAUGCGCACCGCCGCGGAGGCGUUUGCGCCGGAGGCCAAGGGCGAGGCAAAGGCGGACGGCGAGCUUACGAGGGAGGACCGCAAGCGGCGGCGGGCCAAGAGCAAGCGCCAGCACUCGGCCAAGGAGAAGGCCAAGGUGGCGGAGCGCGCGGCGCGGGCGGCGUCGGAGGGCGGCGACGCGACGAUCACCGGCCGCAAGUCGCUGUCGCAGCAACUGGACGCCGCCGCCAACGCCGGCCUCAUCACGCGCGGCGGCGGCGUGGGGGGCGGGGCCGGCGGGAAGAAGGGCAAGGGCGGGGCAGCGGCGGGGGCGGGCGCGGGCGCGGGCGUCAAGUUUGGGCGGUCCGCGGCGGCGUUUGGCGCGAUCCAGGAGGCGCGGGACGGGGGGAGCGGCGGCGGCAAGAAGGGCGCGGGCGCGGGGCCGCCCCGCAAGUCGGCGGCGGCGCUCAAGCUUUGA